AUGGCGGGAAACGCUGCGCACGGCUGUCGACAAAUGGCUCGUUCGAGACUGUGCUGGACCCAUGCUUACGUUGCCUUUUGCCACUGGUGUGAAAACCCGAUCGUCUACACCAACAAAUACCCUGCGGAGUCUAUCAGCUAUCGUUCGCUAGAUGAAGCAAAUUUGGCUGCCCCGCGGGUAGUCGAGCGCGUGAUGCGAGAGGAGCACCAGUCUUUCGUGGACGCAGACGCAGACGGAGACGAGCCGAUCGAUCUCAAGCUGCACGCCGAGCUGUUCCCGAUAGGAGAUAACGACUACCAGGAAGUGGUGCAGUGGGACGAGGCCACAGACGAAGAUGGCAGCAUCAGGAGCCGCGCAAUCUAUGUGAAUCGCGAUGACGCUUUGAAGGUGACGGCUUGGGUCAGAAGAAUGCAUAGGGAUGACUUCAAUAGAGCGAUAGAGGAGUGGAAAGAACUAUGCCGACAAGAGAAGGAAGCCUACGAAAAAGAUUCUGCUGAACGCGCGAAGCAUCCGCAAGAGACAGAUUCGGAAGCUGCUGCUGCCCUUGGCUGCCUCAGUUCCUGGCAUUAG